AGCUCUGCACUGUGGUAAUAGUACAUGAAGGAAUGGCAGGAAAGCAUGCUGUGCUCAAUGAAGGAGAGGAGAAUGAAAUGGAAAUAUUUGGAUACAAAUCAGAGAGGUGGAGGAAAGUUCUCUGUUUUCUGGGUUACAUAUUUUCCAUAGGACUACUUAAAUUGUUAUUUUAUUGGAAGCCAGAGCUAGAUGUUUGGUGUCACUGUGUUCCAUGUAAUUUCGCAGAUGCUGACACAGUCUUACUGCAAAAAACCGGAGAAUUGAAAUACUACAUAAAGAAGUCAGUGAUCCAGGUCAACCUUAAAAGAACAAAACCUCGGCAUCCAGCUAUUAGGGAUGAAAAUUCAUUCAUAUUCAAAUCUAUAAUAGAGCCAGAAGGCAAGGUGAGAUACAUAAAGGUGCAAAAAAUACGUUACGUAUGGAUCCCCUCUGAAGGAAAGUUUUUGAAAAUUGGUGUUCUGGAGGAAAGCCUUUCUUGCUCAGACAUACACUCGAAAUAUAGUUCAGGUCUUACCAAAGAGGAACAGAAAAUCAGACAACAAAUCUGUGGACUAAACACCAUUAUAGUGAAAAUCAUUCCUGUGUGGAAGCUGCUGACUAAAGAGGUUUUCAACCCAUAUUAUGUGUUCCAGGCAGUUUCGUUAAGUGUAUGGAUUGCUCAGUCAUACCUUGAAUAUAGCAUGGCUAUUUUACUUAUGACCACCUUGUCUAUUUGUGCAACAGUAUAUAAUUUAAGAAAGCAAUCAAUAAAACUGCACAGAAUGUCAACAUCCUACAAUAGCAUUUUGGUUUCGGUGCUGCAUAAAAAUAGAGAACUUGAAGAAGUAGAGUCUCAGUCCUUGGUUCCAGGUGAUGUCAUUGUCUUGUGUGGAAACAAGCUUUUCUUACCGUGUGACGCCAUAUUAAUCAGCGGAGGGUGCACUGUGAAUGAGGCAAUGUUAACUGGUGAAAGUAUUCCUGUGACAAAGACAGCGCUGCCAAAAGUUACCAACUCCAUUCCAUGGAUGACACACAGUGGUGAAGACUACAAAAAACAUAUCCUUUAUUGUGGAACUGAGGUCAUUCAGACUAAAAGAAGUGGUCAAGAUCUAGUAAAAGCUGUUGUCCUACAAACUGGAUUCAAUACUGCAAAGGGAGAUCUAGUAAGAGCGAUUCUGUAUAACAAACCAAUUAUUGCUAAACUGCACAGAGAGGCCAUUAAGGUUGUUAUGGUACUUGUGGGAUUUGUAAUAGUUGCAGCUAUGUUUAAUGCAGCUUUGCAAGCAAAGAAUGGGGUCAAGGUUAAUACAAUUGUACUCCAGUCUUUUUUAAUGCUAACAGGUGCAAUAAAUGCAGCCCUCCCGGCUUCUAUUACAAUUUGCCUUCUGUAUGGUGAAACAAGGCUGAAAAAACAAGGUAUCUUCUGCAUCAGUCCUCAAAGGAUCAAUUUAGCUGGGCAGCUGAAUCUUGUAUGUUUUGAUAAAACUGGCACUUUGACAGAAGACAUAUUGGAUUUGUACGGUGUUCUUCGUUGUGAGAAAAGCUGUUUUCAGGAUAUGAUAUGUUUCACUUCUUCUAAUAAUCUACAUUGGAGCCCAUUGCUUGAAGCAAUGACAAGUUGUCACUCACUUAUCAAAUUGGAUGGAAAAUUACACGGUGAUCCAUUAGACAUGAAGAUGUUUGAUGGUACAGGUUGGGAGCUUGAAGAUUGUAAGGUGACCAUCAAAGAAGAAGAUGAUUUAUUAAAUAACAGCACAAUGGUAAAACCUGGGCCUAAUGCUGCGGAGGCACCAGUGGAAGGAAUCUUUAUUCUGCACCAGUUUCCAUUCUUAUCCAGUUUACAGCGCAUGUCUGUGAUUACUCAGGUUAUUGGAGAGAGUAACAUGACAGUGUUCAUGAAAGGAGCACCUGAAAUGGUUGUUCGAUUUUGCAAACCUGAAACAGUCCCAAACAACUUCUCUAAGAAACUUGAGCACUACACAGCACAAGGCUUCCGAGUAAUAGGGAUAGCAUAUCGGUCACUAGAAAAAGAAGGUCUACCAAAGUUAUCUGACAUAGACAGGCAAGUAGUGGAAUGUGACCUCACAUUUCUUGGCUUCAUGAUCCUGGAAAAUCGUCUUAAACCAGAAACCAAUGCAGUACUAGAAGAACUCAGUGAAGCCAAUAUUAGGGUUGUGAUGGUCACAGGUGAUAACCUUCAGACAGCCGUGACUGUUGGUAAAAAAUCUGGUAUGAUACCUUCCAGCAGUAAUAUUAUCAUGUUGGAGGCUUGUGAACCUGAUGAAGAUUCACCCGCUUCUGUUACAUGGAAAACUUUAACUGAAAGUCAGGCAAAUGGAAACCAUGAAAAGGCAAAAUCACAUAGUAAUGUUGUUGAAGGAUGGAUUAAUAUUCCUACCACAGUGGGAGACUUUCACUUUGCAAUUAAUGGAAAAUCCUAUCAAGUUUUGACUCAACAUUUUUCUAAUUUGUUGCCAAAAAUAUUAUUAAAUGGAACCAUUUUUGCGAGAAUGAAUCCGAAGCAAAAAUCAAGUCUUAUUGAAGAGCUUCAAAAAUUAGACUACUUUAUUGGCAUGUGUGGAGAUGGAGCUAAUGACUGUGGGGCACUUAAAAUGGCUCAUGUGGGAAUUUCACUGUCUGAACUAGAGGCUUCUGUUGCGUCUCCAUUCACUUCCACUAUUGAAAAUAUUGAAUGUGUUCCAUUGCUUAUCAAGGAAGGUCGAAAUAGUCUUGUUACAUCAUUCUCCAUCUUCAAAUUCUUGACCAUGUUUCAACUUACGGCACAAGUUUGCACAUUAUUUCUUUUUUGGAAACAAACCCUUCUUGGAAACUACCUGUACAUCUGGGAAGAUUUUGCUUUCAACUUAACAGUUGGCCUGACAAUGAGUUUAAACCAUCCGUCCCCAAAGUUGGCUCCUUACAGACCCUCUGGACAGCUCCUCUCUCCUCCUUUAUUACUUUCCAUUUUUGUGCACUUUACUUUCACUCUUCUUGUCCAUUCCACUGCUUUCUAUUUGCUUCUACAACAGCCAUGGUUCAAUGAAACAGAUGUUUUCAGUGCAUGUCUUCCACAAAAUUACAGCGCAGGAAAUGUUAUAUUGAGAGAGCAUAGAUAUUCUGAGAACUAUUUUACAACAACAGUGUUUCCUAUAAACGGCUUCCAUCUAAUUAUUCUAGAAAUUGUGUUUGCCAAAGGGAGGCCAUUCCGACAGCCUUUAUAUACCAACUAUCUGCUGGCAUCUAUCAUUGUAAUUCAAGUUGCAUCUUAUUUGUUUGCUCUUUUUGCUGAUAUUGACACCUUAUACACUGCUAUAGAGCUUGUUUGUACCCCAUACUCCUGGAGAGUGAACAUCUUGAUCAUGGUCCUUGUUCUCUUUGUGGUAUCAUAUAUUGCAGAGACAUGGUUUAUUGACAACAGAAAACUCUGGCUCUGGAUAAAGAGAAUAUUCAAUUACAAAUCAAAGAGCCAAUACAGAAAGUUACAAAGAAAACUGCAGAAAGAUCCAGAGUGGCCUCCACAGAACAGAACGGACUAUGCUAUCCAACAUGCCUCUGUAGAGGAAUGCGACAUUGUUUCUCGCCGUAAACCCCGUUAUUGCGCUGCGCCAAGUCUUAAAAAAGAAUCUGAACAAACACUUGUGCUUAAUUCCUAUGUAUAAACUUAAAGGUGUACUCCAGUGAAAAACUUUCAGACAGAAAAGAAAUGUAAAAAAAAAAAAUUACUUUCUGUGGAGCAUACAGCAGCUGAUAAGUAGUGGAAUGGUUACGAUUUUAUAAAUAGAAGUAAUUUACAAAUCUGUUUAGCUUUUGGGCACCAGUUAAUUAGAACUUUUUUUUUACCGGAGUACCCCUUUAAUAUAUUUAGAUAAAGAGAGGUUCAAAGGCUUAAUGUAAUGUAAUGUUAUGUAUAAAAUCAAUCUGAAUAGAACUGCGAACAAAAGCACCUUUCUACGUGUAUCUCAGUGUGUCUAUUCCAGUAGGUGACGGCUUUUCAUGCUAACGUAGCUGUCUGUGCUUUAAGGUCAGUGCUACUACGUAUCACAGUCACUUGCAUAAUAUCA